AAUUAAAUAUAUUAAAAUAAAAAAGUCCAUUGAGAAAAGACUAAAAAUGAAUUCUAGAGUAUGUGGUGUCCUGAUUUCAUUCUGGUUGCGAUUACUCUUUUAUUGGACGGGCAGUGCUGCGAAAGAAAGAUCUCUUAUAUCUAAUGGAUUCUUGCCUUAUAGAACGGUUCAAACUUAUCAGAAAUAUUGUAUCUGUGAAACAUCUUAUUCUUGUUCUUGUUGUCAAAAUGUUAUUAUUUUGUAUACCAAAGUUGAAAAAAAUCUUUGCGUUAAUUUUACAUAUCAAAGAAAUGGAUUGAAUAUUGAUAUUACAUUGAAUUCCGACAUGUUAAGAGCUAGAACAAUCACAGAUUAUAAAUCAUUAAAGUUUUGCACUAAUAUACCAGGAUGUUACUUCUCAUCUGCAUGUGUAAAUGUAUUGGAACUCAAUAAAUUCCCCAGAUCGAUCACUGCUUGUCUUCGAAUGGAUAUUUUCUCUAAGAAACGAUUAUGGCAAUUAAAUUAUGACUGCGUCGCCAUAUCAACAGAGUUGCCUACAAUACCAAGUAAUGGAACGAUGUCAACAACGGCUGGAACUACAGGAAUGUCUACGACGAUGAGCGCUGGAAUGACAUCAGCAAUGACCACUAGUCAAAUAACUACUACGACGAUGAUAACGACAAUAAAAAAUACAGAGCGUACAACAUCACGAGAUGUAGAGGUAAUAACAAUACCCGGAAAUGAAUCAACAACGGUCGUGGAUAUCGAUAAAUAAUUAUUAUAAUAGAUCAAACAGUCUAUCAUACUAAAUAAAAAUUAAUCAAUAAUUAGUUUAAAUUUAGUUAAAAUUGCUUUUGAUAAGGAAGAUUAUGGUACUAUAAUUAAAAUGUUAAUUAUAAUUAAACAAAGGAUUCAUUAAAAAAU